AUGAGCACCAUUUUCCUCUCGCAUAUCGCCCAGACAGACUCGGAAGAAGAGCUGCUGGAACCAAUCCUCGUCGAAGAUCUUGACGCACUAUUCGAUACCAUGGAAGGACGGAAGCUGACCACGUUGGACCCGAAGCGGGUCGUUCGAGAUCGGGCCACGGCCGCUGGACACAACGCCGACCAGCCGACGAACGACGUUCCCGUCCCUUCUGUCACGAACCGAAACGCCCCCAUGACACCCAGCGUGCCACUGCAGUAUAGAUCAGCCAUGGCGCCUGCGCCUGCGCCGACUUCGAUGGCACUUCCAGUCCGGAUGGCUCCAAGAAGGACCCUUCAACCAUCGGACACCACAUUCUCGUCUGGAUUUGCACAGCCUCCUGGCACAGUCCCCUACAUCCAGGGACCCCCUCCAGCCCCAGCCGACAACCACCCAAACCUAUCGCCCCAACGCCCCCAUAGCGCCAUCAGCACCACCCCCGAAACACCAAACAAAGAGCCCUGGGCCAAGCGCCUCCGCACUGGAGGAGCCAUCCCCGCAACCCCAGACCCAGCACCGGCCUCCACCACCCCCAGCAAGGGCAGCAAGGGCAGCACCAAGAAAUCUCACUGUAUCCGAUACCCGUCCUCCUGGGCCGAUGCCGAGGAGGAAGACUUCCUCCUGUUUGAGCUUCGGGCGCAGUCUGACCCCGGCGAGAAAGACGCCUGGGGCAAGCUUGCGGUGGAGUGGAACCGGAUGACGGGGCGGUCGUACUCGAAGAAGACGCUCGCAGCUCGCUGGGCACGCAUCAAGCAGAUGCUGGGCCUGCCGCCGCAGGAGAUGAAGAUGGAGAUGGAGAUGGAGGUGGAUGAUCCCGUCUUCAUGGGCGGGCUGUGUGGGUUUGAAUACCUGAUUCUUCUGCGAGGAUUCGGUGAUGAAGGCUGGGAGUGGUGCUGA